AUGACGACGACGACGACGACGACGCGCGGAGGCGUCGGGGCGAUGCCCCGCGCGCGCGGGUUCGCGGCGUCGAGCGCGGGCGAGGACGCGGUCGGAUGGAUGGCGUUCGAUCGACAUCGGUCGAAAGCGUCGAUGGAUGUCUUUGACGCGUUGGCGUUGGCGCGGCGCGCGCUCGCGGUGGACGUCCUCGGCGCGCGGCGCGCGGAGUGUUCGUUCUUGCGAGAGGUGUACCCGGAUGAACGCUUGAAGACGUACGUGAUCGAGCGGAAGACGGUGAGCGGGCAAAUCGGCGCGCGGGCGUGCGCGUGGCGAGCGCUGCGCGCGGCGCUGUUGGGGUAUCAAAGACCGGUUUUGAGGUGGAUCGACGAGGUGGAGCGGCGGAGUAAGAAGGAGGAUGAGACCGGGGAAGAGAUGGAGUGGCCUGAGUUCGAUUACGUGGAGCCGAUGCGGGAGACGGUUCGAGCGUUCGCGCGCGAGACGGCGGUGGGGCUGACGAGGCUGUCGCUCCAGCGCGCCGUCAUCGCGCGAUCGAGCGAGAGAUUAGCGGCAAAACUGUGCAAAGACGUGCGACGAAGUGCGAGAAGAAAGGCGCAGAGGGUGAGCUGGGAGCGUGGAAUGGGUAAGUUUGCCCAGGCGCGAAACAUGUUUCGCACCACGGCGCUCGCGCGUUGCGUCGACGUCUCGGGCGAGUGGUUGUUCGACGUCGGUCUCGCCGCGUGGAUCUCUCGAAGCGCGGCGAAGAAAACUGGAUCGUGGUCGAAGAAAACAUCCAGAGCGCUUCGUCGAGCGAUCGUGCGCUCGUCGUGCAAGGCGGCCGCCACGCUCUUCGGCGGCGCCGCCUUUAGCGCCGGUUUCGCCUUGUGUCGUCCGCGCGGGGCUCGUCCUUCCGUCGUGCACUGGGGCACCUACGCCGCGCUCAUCGCGGGUGAGCUCAUUUUUAACCUCUUCGUCGCCCCGACGAUCGCCGACGCGAUCCAGGGCGCGGACGACGCGGACGAACACGCGGCGUCCGCGACGACGGAGGCGCGCGACGCGCGCGCGUAG